AAAAGUGCAGAUAUUAAACUUAUCACGCGUGUUAACCCAGAGGUGCACCAUGUGGCAGAGACUUCUAGCAUAAACGCGAGAGCUCGAAAGCUCGAACAUAUCCUCCACUUCCAGUACAUUCUAGUCACCAAAUAUGCCAAACACCGAAUCUCUUACUCUUAUAUAAGCACUUGACACUUACUAGUCCAUAGCAUAGCAUCAUAAGCUUGGAAGAACCUCACUGAAGAAUUAAGGAGAGAAAAAUCAACAUCAAAGUUAUAACGAUGAAGCCCAUUGACGACAAACAAGAGACAGUGACGAUCAGAGCGGUGAGCCACGACGAGGAAGGGAGAAAGAGGGUGGAAAAAACAGAGCUCAACACUCACAACAUCCACACUAUAAAGUACGUCGAGAAGAAGCUCAUCAACAAGGGUGUGCAGCGCAAGGACCGCCACCCAGCCGACGGCAUCAGAAUCGGCCGGCCACCGCCAAAGUCCGGCCACGGCGGCAAAUUCACGUGGGAGGGCCCUGCUAGCGUGGAGGAUAACGAGCUCAUGACGGAGCCGGCGGCCAUGGACGAAGGAGACCCCAACUACUUGGACUGGGAAGAGAGAGGAGAAGAGACGUCGGAGUUGGUCGUUGGGGAGGUUGAAGUGGCCAAGGUUGCUGAGGAACACGAUGGGGUUGCUAGAGUUGAAGUUGAUCCUCGCUUGCGCGUUAUCAUGUCUGAUCUAUGUUAAUUAAUCUUGUUUAAGUGUGGGUGGCUUUUCAUGUGGACUUUUACUUCAAAUUGUAAAUUUGUAACAGUACAUCAAACGAGUGUGAUGUGGAAGUUGUUUUUCUUCCAAAAUAAAAUUUGGAGACUUUUCCCUUCUGUAUAUGACUUUCUCAUUAGUUGGUGCA